UUUUCAUAGAAAAACAAACAUUUUCUGUCAUGCUAUCAGGAAACUCCACCAGACACCAAUCUGGUCAGAUUGCAGGACACAACAGCCAAAGCAGUGAUGAAGAAGGACGGCUCCAUCUACUGCACCCCUGACACUAUUUUUGAGGGUUUAGAAUUACCAGGGAUCAAUUACAAAUUCAACAGUAAGAAGUACAGGUACUUCUAUGGCACCAGGGUGGAGUGGUCGCCAUAUCCAAGCAAGAUUGCAAAAGUGGACAUAGCUACUAGGACACAUCAAGUGUGGAUCGAGGAGGAAUGUUACCCAUCUGAGCCAGUGUUUGUGGCAUCUCCAGAUGCUGUUGAAGAAGAUGAUG